CUGCAGGUUUCCUCCUCCCUCCACCGCCACUCCACCCCCGGGCGGCUGCGGACUCCGGGCGGGCUUGCCCCGGGGCGGCGGCCCAGAGGACGGCGGGGGGGAUGGACAGAUAGCGGCGCGGGAGCAGCGGGACCGACUGCAUCACAUGGAUGAUGGAUGUUUCCCUGUGCUGGAGACCACCAGCCUGGACGGUGGGCGAGAAGAGAAUGAGAACAGCUCCCACCCUCCGACGGCUCCUGUCAGCACUGACUCUCCUACAUGUCAUGGUGCAAGUAAAUAGCCAGAAGAGGGGAGCACUUCGAGAUUUGAAGUGUACAACUAACAAUUUACAAGUGUGGGACUGUGCUUGGAAAGCACCCCUUGGAGCAGGCCAUGGAACUGUUAAUGAAGUUUGCAUUGAUGACAGGUUGCAUUCUUGUUAUCCCUUGGAGAAAGGAAAUGUGAAAAUCCCAGCUCUUCCCCCUGGGGAUCAUGAAGUAAUAGUAAACUACCUACAUGGUUUUAACGGGUCUUCAGCUAAAUUCAUACUGAAUGAACAAAAUGUUUCCCUAAUUCCAAACACUCCAGAGAUCUUGACUCUGUCUGCUGAUUUCUCAACCUCCACAUUGUACCUCACGUGGGACGACAGGAGUUGUGCUUUUGCACACCACUCGAAAGUGACCUGGGAAAUUAAAGUCCUACGCACACCAAGAAUGGAGCUCGUAAACGUAGUGACGUACAAUACGACUCUGCAUGGCAGAGACACAGUGCACUACUGGCGUUGGACCUCAGACCUGCCUUUGCAGUGUGCCACUCACUAUGUGGGGAUUAGGUGCUACCUUGACCACCUUCAUUUCGCUGGCCCUAAGGAGUGGAGUGCUUGGAGCCCACUGAUGAACAUUUCUUGGGCCCCUGAGUCUGAGGCCAAGGCUUUUCCUCAAGAUAAAGUGGUCCUUGUAGGCUCAAACAUCACGUUUUGCUGCGUAAGUCAGACCAAAGUGCUGUCAGGACAGAUCGGCAAAACAUUCUAUCCUCUUAUCCAUCUUUAUGGGCAAAACGUUGCAAUCCACAUCCAGAAUAUUUCUGUUUCUGAAAACAGUGGAACAAAUGUGGUUUUCAUGAUAGAAGAUAACGUGUGUGGAACAGUUGUCUUUGCAGGAUAUCCACCUGAUGUUCCCCAAAAACUGAACUGUGAGACACAUGAUUUAAAAGACAUCAUAUGUAAUUGGAAUCCAGGACGACCAACAGGGUUGGUGGGCCCCCGGAAUACAAAUUACACUUUACUUGACAGCUUUUCAGGAAAAAGUGUUACAUUUAAAAGAUUUGAAACACUUACAAAUGAAAGUUACCAGUUGCUGUUCCAGAUGCCUCCACAUCAAGAAAUAUAUAAUCUCACUCUGACAGCUCGCAAUCCAUUGGGCCAAUCAGAAUCAGCCAUCUUAGUCAACAUAACUGAAAGGGUUUGUCCCCACACACCUACUUCAUUGAAAGUGAAGGACAUCAACUCAACAGUUGUUACCCUUUCUUGGCAUUUACCAGGCAACUUUGCAAGGAUUAAUCUUGUAUGUCAAAUUGAAAUUUGGAAACCUAAUUCAAAACAAGAAUUGCAGAACAUCACAAUCAAAGGAGUAGAAAAUUCAAGUUACCUCGUUGUUGUGGACAAACUAAAUCCAUAUACCACAUACACUUUCCGGAUUCGUUGUUCUACUGAACCUUUCUGGAAAUGGAGCAAGUGGAGUAGUGGAAAACGGCAUUUAACCACAGAAGCCAUUCCAUCGAAGGGACCAGAUACUUGGAGAGAGUGGAGUUCUGAUGGGAGAAACCUGAUAAUCUAUUGGAAGCCUUUACCCAUCAGCGAAGCUAACGGAAAAAUCCUCUCCUAUAACGUGUCUUGCUCAUCACAUGAGGAAGUCCAGUCUAUGUCUGAGAUCCUUGAUCCUCAGCACAGAGCAGAGCUACAGCUUGUGAAAGAUGACUACAUCAUCAGCGUGGUGGCCAAGAAUUCGGCGGGCCCCUCACCACCCUCCAGAAUAGCUAGUAUGGAAAUCCCGAAUGAUGACCUCACGGUAGAGCAGGCGGUUGGGCUGGGGAAGAAGAUUCGCCUCACCUGGCCUCCUGACCCCAAUGUGACUUGUGACUAUGUGAUUAAAUGGUGUAACUCAUCUCGGUCUGAGCCCUGCCUCAUGGACUGGAAAAAAGUCCCUUCAAACAGCACUGAGGCUGUAAUAGAAUCAGAUCAGUUUCGGCCAGGUGUACGAUAUAAUUUUUUCCUGUAUGGAUGCAGAAGUCAAGGGUAUCAGCUAUUGCGGUCCAUAAUUGGAUAUAUAGAAGAGCUGGCUCCUAUUGUCGCACCAAAUUUUACUGUGGAGGACACAUCUGCAGACUCAAUCCUGGUGAGGUGGGAAGACAUUCCUGUGGAAGAGCUCCGAGGCUUUUUAAGAGGAUAUUUAUUUUACUUCCAGAAAGGAGAGAGAGACACACCGAAGAUGAGGAGUUUGGAGACAGGUCAUUCCGACAUCAAGGUAAAGAAUAUUACGGACACAUCGCAGAAGACCCUGAGAAUCGCUGAUCUUCAGGGCAAGACAAGUUACCGUCUGGUACUGCGCGCCUACACAGACGGUGGCCUGGGCCCGGAGAAGAGCAUGUUUGUGGUGACAAAGGAAAAUUCUGUUGGAUUAAUUAUUGCCAUCCUCAUCCCAGUGGCCGUGGCUGUCAUUGUCGGGGUGGUAACAAGUACCCUUUGCUAUCGGAAGCGAGAAUGGAUUAAAGAAACCUUCUACCCUGAUAUUCCAAAUCCGGAAAAUUGUAAAGCACUACAGUUUCAGAAGAGUGUCUGUGAGGGAAGCAAUGCUCUUAAAACAUUGGAAAUGAAUCCUUGUACCCCAAAUGAUGUUGAAGUCCUAGAAACUCGAUCAAUAAUUCCUAAAAUAGAAGACACAGAAAUAAUUUCCCCAGUAGCAGAGCGUCCUGAAGAGAUUUCCGAGGCAGAGCCUGAAAACCAUGUGGUUGUGUCUUACUGUCCACCAAUCAUCGAGGAGGAAAUAGCAAACCCGGCAGCGGACGACGCAGGAGGGGCUUCCCAAGUGGUUUAUAUUGAUGUUCAGUCCAUGUGUCAGCCUCAAGCCAGGCCCGAGGACGAGCAAGACAUUGACCCCAUCGUAGGCGCAGGCUAUAAGCCACAGAUGCGCCUCCCCAUUAACUCUGCUGUAGAGGAGACAGCUGCAGAAAAUGACGCGGAUAGCACUGCAGGCUACAGACCUCAGGCCAACGUAAAUACUUGGAACUUGGUCUCUCCAGACUCCCCGAGGUCCACGGACAGCAACAGUGAAAUUGUCUCUUUUGGAAGUCCGUGCUCUGUCAAUUCCCGGCAGUUUCUGAUUCCUCCUAAAGAUGAUGACUCUCCAAAAUCGAAUGGAGGGGCGUGGUCGUUCACAAACUUUUUCCAGAACAAACCAAAUGAUUAGCUCUGUCACCCUCUUUGCCACUUCAGUCUGCCAUCUCAACAAGCUGUCACUGCUGGCAUCGAGGCAGCAGCCCGGUCAUUCCUGGAGAGCCCUUGCGAAGUAUUGGUGGCCAGGGAGCUUCACUCCAGGCAAGUGACACUAGAAGUGUUAAUGUGCUUUUAAUGUAGCCCAAAAGCCAAAGUACAGUGACUCAGAACCCUCAGCCACAAAACUCACGAUUUGGAGCUCUUUGUGACCGAGCCAAAGAAUCCUUCCCCCAGAGCAUUUCAAGACUCACUCUGCCCAGUACACACAUGCAGAACAACCCCACACCUGUUUCUGUUGUUAAUGGUUUUCUCGUCUGUGUAUGUUACGGAGUUUAAGUGGCUUUGCAGGCAAAAGAGAAAAAUGUCAAAGUUAAAAUAAUGUCUAUCUGCCUGACAUCCACUGCAGUAGAGGAAAACCAAGCACAGAUUGUAAGACUUUAAAGAUGGCUGCUCUGGCCACAGCACUUACGGAAGGGAAUGUAAUUCUUAGCGGGGCGACAGCUCUUUCGUGUGCUGUUUGAGGAAGUAUGCUGAUUUCUGUGCCUACUGUACCAUGGGUAUCACACAGUUGUCUCAGGGGUCCAAACUUGGAAAAACAAGUGUGACACUGACCAGCCCAAAUCCGAAUCAUCACAUUUGCUCGUGUUGGUAGGUUGUUCCAAACCUUUCCCCUGUUAGUUUCUGGGCUAGCUUUCAUCAGUGUAGUUGGUUAUCCUUAACUGCAAUUUAAAUCUAUAGGGCUAUAGAUCCAAGUUUUUUUUUCUUUAAACCCAUUUCAUUUUGUGCUGUAACAUCAGAUGUCUCUGAGCAAAUUCCACAUUAUUCCCGAGCAUAUAGCUACAGUGACUUACUGUGUCAGAUGACUACUAAGCAGUAUCUUAAAUCUAGCAGUGUCCGCUGCCCAUGCAGUCAGCAGACUGGCCUCAGUUCCCCCGUGGGAAGGCAUGCCAUUAAGCCCAGUCACCAGCUACCCCAAGUGACCCGUGGGCCAGACUCUCAGAUCCUUACAUCUCAAACCCGAGAGAGAAUGCUGCUUUUGGGAGGCGCCGCCUCGGGACAGCUUCCUAGUAGAGGUCAUGAAAUGCCUGGGACGCAGUGGCACUCGGUGAUGGCUGUUCAUGAGCAGUGCAGAGCUGAGUCUCCGGCACCGCACCCCCAAGCUCCGGGGUGUCCCGUCAGCCAUGCGACGUGAAUGUGAUUCUUGUCAUGUAUUCUUCCCGGCCUCUGCUCAUGUAGUCUGUCUUUUGGUAAUUAAGGCAAAAGUACUUAAAGCUUCUGCGCCAGUUAAGAGAGGUUUGUUGUGUAUCAUGUGAAGCCCUGUACUGCGUUGGCAACAUGGAUCAACUUCUUUUAGUUCAUGUGGUAUCUUUUUAAAAGUCAUGUGUGGAAAAAAAAAUUCAGCAUGGCAGGGGACAAAAAAAAGUACUCAAGAGUAUGAAUGUGAUUUUAACUGCCAGAAUUCAACCACAUUUCAGAGUUUCUGAUGAUAUGUGGAAUGUAUGUAAUUAUGCACAUACAUAACAUUAAAACUACCCAGUAGCUCUUAGAAAUCCUCACUGAAGAAAAGUGUACUCACAAUCCAUCCCAGCCACAGUUUCCUCUCGUCUCCCAUUAGACCUUCCUUGCUUCCUGCCUUGAUUCCCCUCCCAGCCACUGUGACCUCAGCCUUUCUCUUCUCCCCAUCUUUUCACUCCUUGCUCUCUCUUGUCUCCCUUAUCUUACUCUUCAUUAAAGCUUAUCAAGGCCAUAUUUUCUCUCUUUAGGGACAGGCUUGGCUUAAGUUAGUAGCUUUCUGGCCUGCACUGCACUAGCUUGGGGAACACAGGAAAAGGGCAGGAAAGAUGUGUUGAUCCCUGCCAUCAAGGUACCUCCCCUUGACCUGGGUUUCAGUUCAGGGGCACUCACCCUUCCCUGCCUGUGGAGUUCCAUUCCCAAGGAGCCCCAAGGAACAGGAAGAGAGUAACCCUGGAUUGGUUACUCCAAGAAGCUCCCUAGAACUUUCCAUGUGCUCUACACUGGCUCUCAACCCAGAGCACCUUGCCUUGUCUUUCCCCGUUGCACAGUGAUGACCUCCCCAGCCCCAGCUGUGCAUGCAGGGGACCCUUCACAAAGAGAGGGGACAGGGAUAGGAGAAGAGCACCCGUUUUCCACCCAUCCCCUAAGGGCCCACUGUUCCCUCACGACAGGGACCUUGUGCAGAUAGAUAGUCAGAGCAGUGCCUUCUGUAGCGAGAGACGAGGCUGCGGCAUUCCCUCCAGCCCUUCUCGGCUAGGGAAAAGGAGAAAUUCCACUUUCCCUUUAAAAAAAAGUUCAAUCAUUGCUAGAAAAUUAUUAGGUUCUAUUUUAUGUGUUGAACAGAACUCAUAAAGUAUACACCAUCACCAUUUUGUAAGCCAGUUUCUAGUUAAACUUCCCUUAUUCUGGGGGUCCUUACAACCCUUGAAUAGCAUUUAAAAAUAAGAUUUAAUUUAAAAUAUUCUUAAGGACUGGAGAGAUGGCUCAACACGUGAGGGCCACUUGCACACAAGCCAUGGCGGACUGCGUUUCGUUCCCCAAUACCCACGUAAAGCCAGUUGCACAAAGUGGUGGCCCGUGUCUGGAGUUUGCAAUGGCAAGAGGCCUUGGUGUGCCCGUACCCCUUCUUUCUGUCUGCCUCUUUCUCUGUGUCUCUCAAAUAAAUAAAUAAAAAUAUUUUAAAAAAUAUUCUUCAACAAGGCCUUUGACAUUAGAUAGACCUUGUGAAUUAUGUACUACACAGAUUAGCAUAAGUCACCAAUUCAUGGGACCUGUAGCGCCCUACGUCUGAGAGCGUGGCCCAUGUAUCUGGAUGGUGGCGAUGUGUUUUCCGUGCUGUGUGAUAGAGGUGCUUUUGUUCCUGCAGCUGGGAACAGAAGCGGCCAUUCAUGGAGGAGUUUGAGGGAGGAAGUGUCAGCCUCAUUUUCCAUAGCAGCACUGCUUCCAUGGCUCUUGGAUCUGAGGGACAGAGAACAUCUGGUACAAUUGCACUCUGGAAGUAGCAGAGAGUCACACGCUCAGAGCUCCGUGCAAGCGGGAUUCUUGUUAGAAAUCAGCCCUGUGGUUUUCUUCUCCCUUGCUGGAUUUAACAAAUAUUACUGUCCUUUCUGUAUUUGAAUAAUUAAGUACAAUUCAGUGAAAGAGGCUAGAGAUUGUUUUCUUCUGAAGGGGAUUUGAAAUCAGUUCCAUAGUAUUUUCAAAUGAAAGUUCCCCUUAAGAUGCCAACAUUUAAAAAGUAUCGGCUAAAGGUUUUCUACUGCUUAGGCAUUUAAUCUGCUAAAACAUGUUUGCACUAAGGUAAUUUUUGCUGUUCUCUAUUUAGAACUGUUAAAAGUUGUGAAGUACCUUUUAUACUUCAAAAAUGCAACAUUGGACAUUUCAAGUAAACCAGGGAGGGGAGAAUCAUUAGCUAUUAGGACCAGGCACAGGGAAAUUUCAGUGACCAGCUCUGAAUGGAUUGAGUCACUUUCAGAGAGGUGCUUUGAAGGGUGUUAAAAAUGGAGACGUAGCUUGGGUAGAUUUUAAACUCACUGUCCGCGCCAAGUCUUAGUAAAAAAAGACUGAUGCAUGCGCAUGGCUAGCUAGCUUCUUGAGACUUCACAGUUUUGCUCUUAACCUAAUGGGUUUUAAUUUCAGGCCGUGUUUCCACUCACCCAGCAGAUGUUCUGGCAAACAAUGUGUAAGAGCUGAAUUAAUACAGGAAUCCAUUCUCUUGGUAAAAUACUUCUUCAAAGCAUUUCUUUUAAUCUAUUUUUUUUUUUUCUGAAACAGUUUCAUGGUAUCAUACCUGCCUUAUCUCUUGGAUCUAGAACAAAAAGAAAUCUUUUUUUUUUUUUUAACAUAAGAAACAAAGUUGUAGCCAAACUUACAGGGCACUCAUCAUUUAGACCCAGCCCUAGAAUGCCAUUGCCAGUUACUAGGCUUGCCUUUGUGCAUAUCAUCAUGGAUUAUAUGCCAGGAUUAUUAAUAAUACUUGAGCCUUUUAUUUCACUAGGGUGGUUAUAGAGCCUUAUUCCUCUUCAAAUAGUACUUUUGCCUUAACAUGACUAUGUUCAUGCUAAUGAUAAGAAAUGAAUAAUUACUAAAUGCCAGUAUACAAAAUUGAGAACAGCAUUCACUUAAUUGGCUAAUGUGUCAAGCUGUAUUGCAUCUUGCCCAGUUUCAGAGGUUGUCAUUUGGUCUAGAAGAUUCAGGAUUAAUGCUUGUUUCUCCUUAUGUCACCAAUGAUAGAUACUUGGAAUUACAAGUAUCCAAUAAAAGUGCUCCACUUUGUUGUAAGUAAACCGUAAUUGAUUGCACAUUAACGAAAUGUGAGUCAGUAGUAAUUUGUAUUACUUUUUGGUUGUUGGAACUGAAUACUUGAAAAACUAAAAGAUGAAUGAGAAAAAUGAUAAGGAAGUAGAUUUUUGUUAAGUUUACCUGUGCCUUCAAGGUCACCUUUGCAGUAGCCAAUAAGCACUUACAAAGAAAACAAAACUGAUGGAGACUUUUGCCGUACUUAGGGUGUACCUUGUAUGCCUGAUUAAAUAGCUUACAUAAAUUUAUUGUAUUUCUUUAUACAUUUAAGGUAUACUUUAUUUUUUAACUGUUUUAAUUAUUCCAUUUUAAAUGGCCAAUUUCAACUUCUGAGUUACAUUACCUAGAUAUUCCAGUAAUAUAAAAAGUGAAAAGAUUUUUAUCUGGUAAUACACUUUUCAUUAAGUCACAGGCAAGUUAGCUGCUAGGUUUAACAUUAAUAUGAGUGUUUUUAUAAAUGAUUCCAGAAAAGAAUACUGAAUAAUGGUUUUCAUAAAGUUGUUUUCAAGUGAUCUUCCCCCAGUAUGAUCCAUGUUUCUCAAAAUUUUUUUCUGAUUUAUCAGUUAUAAGCUGCUAGUUCCUUCUGUUUGUUUGUCUCUCCAGAGUAAUAUUUAGUGUAGUUCAGUUCACUGUUAUAGAGGGGAGGGCCUGUGUGAUAUCCCGGAGCAUGAGUUUUCCUAAAAUACAUUUGCAUUCAAAAGGCUUUUAAAAAGAUUGUCCUGGGUAGAAAGCUAGACAUCCUAAACUUGAGAUGGUGCCAUCGUAAACAGCACGUUGGAAUGUACAAUGAGGCAUUUCAAGCUAUUCAGUCUUCCAAGUAAGAUUGUGGUUUUUUUUUUUUUUUUUUUUUUGGUACCAUUCUCUUUAAUUAACUGGCCAUAAGUCAACAUCCAUAUAACACUAAGAAAUUACUAGAUUUCACUUUCAAAUUUGCAUCAUAGUGAAUUACUGUUUACAAAAUUACACAUACUGUGAACAGAUAGAAUUUUUGUCUUUUAUAAGGUUUUUUAGAAUGAAUGUUUUUAAAGGUGGUGUUAUGUUAAAUAUAUUUAGGUUUUUAUGAGUCCUAGUAACUGUUUAGUAACUUUUGUUUGGUCAGGCGUAGAUGUAGGUGUGUAAACUUAGCGGAAAGGACGGAUGGGGAGAAGCCGCCGGUGCAGAGCUGUCCCCUUCUCUGUUUCUUGAAAGGUUUCUGCUGCAGACACUGUUGUUUUCAAACAAAUGAUCGGUUGUGAUAUACUAUACCUAAAACCAUGUUCAGUCAUACAAGGAUCCCUUUAACUAUGCAUUGACAGGAAGCGAACUGUACAUUGAUGCAUGUCUGUGUGAUUCACUUCCGGCUCACAGAAUUUAGAGUUGAGGGUGGAAUAAAACAACUCCACUUACAGAGAUGACAACUGAAGUGUUUUCUGCCUGUGGGAAAUUUGGAUAUUAUAUUAGAAUGGGAAAUCUGAAGAUUUUAGUUACCAUAUCUUCUUGAAAACAUGGUUAUAGCAAGAAUAUUGAACAUAAGUAACCUGUUACUAAGACACCAUAAAUAUAAAACUAGUAUGCUUGGCUGUUAACUCUAUAAAGAUGUUACUUAUGUCUGUUUUUAAAACAUGCAUGUAUUUAACAAUUUUAUCAUGGUAUUGUCAUGAAAAAAAUAAAUAUAUUUUCUUACAUCUUA